GCCGCCGCGCGCGUUAGGCUGAAUUGUUUGUUUUUUCUUGGUGAUAACAAUCGUCGCGCGUCGUAUACAUUCGAUAUAAUAAUACAUUCGCGAUUAUUAUAUAUAUAUAUUUCUUCGUCUAUUUUUUCUAUUUAUAACAAUCAAGUUUUUUUUUAAUUCUAAUUUAUAGAUUUAUUAUAUACGAUAAUUGCGCAAAAAGGAGAGGUGCAUCGAUAAUAAAAGUUUUCGGUGAAAUCUGAUUGAAUUAGUUUAUAGGUUAAGCGAUAAUGUUUGACUAUUGUCUAUUACGCGUUCACAUUAUUUCCGGUGUCGCGUGAAGUGUUGUUGUCGAUUCGUUGCAAUUUGACGUUCUAAAAGAAAAAAAAAAAAAAAGAAAAAAAAAGAAACUCUCUACGAGUGAGAAUAGGAGAGGAAUGCAUUAAAACGUGUGCGCGCGCGUUGCAUGCUUUGGUUUCUAUAUACAUAUAUACAUAUAUACAUACAUACAUACAUACACCUUUAUUAUAUACCUUUGAAUUUCAUCGUUGCACGUCGUCAACUUUAAAUCUUACACUAUAUUAUAAUCUGUCAAGAAGAGGAUCCAUAGGACACACACGGGAUAACAUUUCGAUUCAUCUUUCGAGUUUUCUUCUUCGACAUGGACUUCGUUAUACUUAAGGUAAACGGACAAGAUGUUUCUAACUCGAGUCACGAAGAUGCAGUACGUUGUUUUCAAUCGGCACAAGAACCGAUCAUCGUCGAGGUACUUAGAAGACAACCAUCAACUCAUCAACAACAAAUUAUUCACACCCCAUCGAGGGAACAUGAUAGAUCAAAUCAUGGUAAUAGUGUUAGUAAGAACGAAGGAACAACAAACGAGAAAGAAACUAGCGAAGAUGAGUUAGGAAAAGAAAACUUGUCUUGUCCUUUGGUAUCGACUGCUGUUCAAACAGAUUGGGCUGGUUUGGUAGAGGAAGAAGAAUUAUUAUCAGGAACCCUUGGUGGUGAAGAAAACACUAAUGACAGUUUCGAGGAUUUUCUUGCACACGAUAUCGACUUUGAGGAAGUGACGUUACGUAAAAGCGGAAGUGCAGAAAAGCUUGGUCUAACGGUUUGCUAUAGUUCUGGUUCCGGUAGCGAAGACGCCGACACGGAGGUUUAUAUUUCAGAAAUAGUUCCUGAAAGCUUAGCAGCCCGUGACGGUCGGUUACGGGAAGGUGACCAAAUCUUACGGGUAAAUGGAAAAGAUGUAGCUAACAAAGAACAAACGGAAAAUUUAUUUGCCGAGACCAAGAAUGCAGUGACUAUACUAGUCAGUCGAUGUCUUUAUCAGGAUGACGAGUACGAUGACAGACGUAUUUAUCAACAGGGUUCACCACCAUUGUCUCCAGAAAACUUACCAGCUUAUCAAAAUAGUAUGAUCGAACAACUUAUACGACAACAGCAACAACAACAACAGCAACAACAAACGGAAGAACAUACCAAAGAAACGGAAGGAGGAAAUACUUCGACAUUAAAAGCACCACCUCCAAUUCCAUCACACAUGCAACAACAGCAAUUGCAACAACCUCAAUCACCGCAGCAACAGCAGCAACAGCAACAAUUACCUACUCCACAACAACAACAACAGAGUUCAAUUUUUUCAACGACCACAUCUUCGACAUGUUCAUCGCAAAAUUCACAAAAAUCAGGUAAGAAUGCAACGUCACCUGCUCAUCACACGGAAGAUAGAAAACAAUGGAUGCAAGAUGCGAUAAAGGAUUGUUCGAAGAAAAUCGAUAAUUUAUCGUUGCGUGGUCAGCAAGUGGUACCUUCGCAAACGACAAUAAAACUUGUGGAAGCUUAUUCGAGUCACGUUUGGAGCGAAACCGAACACAUUUACGAAACGAUACCAGAAUCCGACAGCGAACCAAUUUAUUCUUCGCCUUACGAACACCAUUGGGCGACGCAGCAGCAACAGCAACAGCAGUUACAGAUGAAUCAUGGAUCUAACUCACAGCAGUUACAGAAUCAUGGCAAUCAAACGAAACUUUGGCACUCAUCCUCAAAGAGUAACAGCUCAGGCGAAGAAAAAGAUAGUUCGAGUGCUUACAAUACAGGUGAAUCGUGCCAUAGUAAUCCUUUAACGUUGGAACUUCAUCAGGGUGAGAGAGAUCAUCACAAAAGUACUCUAGUUUUAUGUCCACCAAAAAAUACUAGCCAGCAUCAACAACAGCAACAACAGCAACAGCAGCAGCAACAACAGCAGCAACAACAGCAACCAAAAAUGGGUUGUAAUUGUCCGAUGCCGAUCAUGUCGAUGACGCCCAGUGGUAAACAAGGUAGCAGAAGUCAAACUACGAGAAAGAGUUCAUCGUCUCAUCACAAGGAUCGUACGGAUUCAACUGGAAGUACCUUACCUGCUGACACUAUGUACACGAAUGUUGCGAAUCUUCAACAAACUAUGCUAUUACAGCAACAAUUAUUCAAACAAGCGCUCAAUCGAAAGAAUCUUACUGCUAAGGAAACUAGUGGAGCUAGGAAAUCAAAAUCUCAUGGUAACUUUCAAGCACCGAAUCUUACCCAAUAUCAAUUCGUCGGUAGCCAACAAGUUUGUUCUUCGGCCGCUUGGAUGCCACCUGAGGAAAAAUGUGAAGUCCAAAUGGAAUGGAAAGUUAAACGAAGAGCUGACGGUACCAGAUACAUCGCUAGACGUCCUGUUAGAAAUCGGAUUCUUAGGAAUAGAGCUCUUAAAAUUUCGGAGGAACGUGCUGGACACACGACGGAGGACGAAACUAUGUCAGAAAUGAAGGUUGGUCGUUAUUGGACAAAAGAAGAACGCAAAAGACAACUUGAAAGAGCUAGAGAACGUAAACAACGACAACAAGAAUUGAUGUUGCAACAACAACAACAACAGCAACAACAAUUACAAUUGCAACACAAUAAUGAUUUAUUGAUAUGCGAUUAUAACGAUGAUAAGGUAACUAAGAAGCCACUGAACAUCGUUGAAUUGAGUCACAAAAAGAUGGCACGCAAAAAAACAACUUUAGAUGAUUUCACCACGGUACAAGAAAUGUUGGUACAUGGAAACAGAGUCGGUGCAAGUGGACCAGGUACUGGUGGUAAAUUAAUGGGAUUACUAUCGGUUACCACAGUGUAAUUUAUUUUCAAGAACUAGAUGAUUGUUCAUAAUUAAUUGUGCAAUAAAACCUAUGUGCGUGCAUAAGAUAUAUAUCUUGAAGACAAUUUUUAAACUAAUUUAUUCGAACAAAGUAAUGGUGAGAUUUCUUAACGUUUUUAUCAUUUUCUUUAUAAAUCUUAUCCAAUACACAUACGAUUUAAUAGCAAUUUAAAAUACGCGUUUAGAUUAUAUUAUUUUAUAAUUUUCAUUUAAAUUAUUAGAUCUCUGUAUUAUCAAUAAUUUUUCUUUCAAUUUAAUGACACGCCUAAAUAUUGUCAAAAUAUGAUCGAUUUGUCUCUUUGUACGAUAAAGAUUAUAUAAUAAAAUGUGAUCGAUGUUCGUAGAUGAAAAAGCGUUAAAGUGUGAUAACGAACGAAGAAGUUAAGAAAAAAAAAAAUAAGAAAAGAAAAGGAGUAUUAAAAAUUGUACCAACAACGACGAAA